AUGUUUUCUUUCACUUCCUCGAUACCCGUGGUUGGGACACACCACGAAGGUGGUGUGCAUACGCGAGGCGGACAGAAAGCCGGCGCAGAUGGGCAUGAGGGCGAUAUGCCAGACCGCAGCAGUCCGGAGGGAGAGCCGUCGAGUGCGCACAGCCCGCUUCUGCACUGUGUGCUGGCAGGAGGGAUCGGCGGGGCUAUAGGAGACUCGGUGAUGCACUCGCUGGACACCGUAAAGACACGGCAGCAGGGCGCGCCGGGCGAGGUGAAGUACCGGCACAUGAUCUCGGCAUACCGGACGCUGGCGCUAGAGGAGGGCGUGCGGCGCGGGCUGUAUGGCGGCUAUGGAGCGGCGAUGCUCGGGUCGUUUCCCAGCGCGGCGGUAUUCUUUGGGACGUACGAGUGGGUCAAACGGCAGAUGAUCAACGAGUGGCAAAUCCACGAGACGUACUCGCACCUGGCGGCAGGCUUCCUGGGCGACCUGUUUUCCAGCGUGGUAUACGUGCCCAGUGAGGUGCUCAAGACCCGGCUACAGCUGCAGGGCUGCUACAACAACCGGCACUUCCAGUCUGGCUACAACUACCGCGGCCUCUCCGACGCAGUGCGCACCAUUGUGCGCACGGAGGGCGUGAGCGCGCUCUUCUUCGGGUACAAGGCCACGCUCUCGCGCGACCUGCCGUUCAGUGCCCUGCAGUUUGCCUUCUAUGAGCGCUUCCGGAAGUGGGCGUUUCUCCUGGAACGGAAGCCUGUCGACGGUCACCUCUCUUUCACGGCGGAAGUGGUGACGGGGGCUUCCGCGGGCGGUCUUGCCGGCAUCAUCACUACCCCCCUGGACGUCGUAAAAACCCGCAUCCAGACGCAGCCGCGCGGCUCUGCUGGCACGCCUGACGCUUCGGCCCCAGCCCGACUCAACGGUUCCAUCUUCCGCAGCUUGUUAGUCGUACUUCGCUACGAGGGACUGGGUGGCGCCUUCAGCGGUGUGGGCCCCAGGUUCAUCUGGACCAGCAUCCAAAGCAGUAUCAUGCUUCUCCUAUACCAAACUGCUCUGCGCACCCUGGCGCGUAGUCCCCGGGCGGAGCCUGCAUCUUGA